AUGUCAAUCAAGUUAUACGGCCCAUCAACAAAUCCCAGACUCAAUCAAGUUCAGCUAGUAGCAGAUCUUCUUCAAAUUCCAGUUGAGUAAGUUGAAGUUGGAUAUCAUGAAUGCGAAUCUAAGGAACAUUUAGCUAGAAACCCAUUUGCUAGAAUUCCAGUCAUCGAAACAACCGAUGGAUUCCUUUAUGAGAGUAACGCUAUCUGUAGAUACCUCGCUAGAUCAAAAUUAGAAUCAGGAUUAUAUGGUGCUACUCCCUUCUAAUAGUCAUAGGUUGAUCAAUGGAUUGAUUGGACAAUAAAUGAAUUAGACCCAAAUUUCAUGACUACAUUCCCACAAUUAUGGGGACAUUACCCUGCCAAUGAGGACACUUUCAAAACUGCAAAAAACAUCAUCAAUGACAAAUUAAAAUAAUUAGAGGGUCAUUUCAAGAAUUCUCCAUAUUUGGUUGGGGAUAAAUUGACAAUUGCAGAUGUCACACUUAUUGUAAGAAUUGCUCCAUUUUUCAUUUUAUUGAUUGAUGAGAAGACCAGAAAAUCAUACCCUUCAUUAAUGAAAUGGUUCACAGCUGUGUCUGAACUUCCUCAGUUCAAAAAAAAUUUUGGAAGAGUGAGAUUAUGCAAAGUUGCCUUCCCAUUACCAAAAUAAGAAGCAUAACCAAAGGAAGAAAAAGCAAAGGAAUAAAAACCAAAAGAUGAAAAACCAAAGGAAUAAAAGCCAAAAGAUGAAAAACCAAAAGAACAAAAGUAAAAGGAAUAGAAACCAAAAGAAGCUGAAAAACCAAAGGAAGCAUAAAAAUAAAAAGCUUAAGAAGAUGAUGAACCACUUCCAGAAAAGAAGAAGAAUCCUUUAGAUUUACUUCCCCCAUCUCCCUUCAAUAUUGAUGACUAUAAAAGAGCCUUCUUUGCUGAAAAAGACAUUGCCAAGAAUAUUUAAUAACUCUUCACAUCAGUUGACGUUCAAGGCUGGUCUUUAUGGAUUGUCACCUAUAACAAAUCUUAAAAUGAAGGCAAACAACUUAUUUUAACAAAUAACUUAAUGAAAGGAUUUAUCAAUUAAAGAUUGGAUUAAAAUUUCAGAAAAUACUCUUUUGCUAUUCAUGGUGUCUAUGGUGAUGAGCCAAAUUUGGAAAUCAGAGGAGCAUGGAUUUGGAGAGGAACUGAAGUUCCAUAAGAAUGGAAAGAUCAUGUUGCUUAUGAUUACCACGUUUUCAGAAGAAUCGACAUUAACAAUGAGUAAGAUAAGAAAGAUUUCACUGAAUAUUGGGUGAACUAAGAAGAAGACGAAUCUAAAGUCGGUGGUCUUACAGCCAGAAGCUUGACUUAUUUCAGAUGAUGAUCAAGUAUUCAUACAAAUAAUAAUAUUAAUUGUAAAAUAGUUAUUUUAAUUA